GUUGUAAUAUAUUUAAUAACCAUCGUUGUUCUGGUAACUGGUCAAACAUUGGACGAGUGUUUACAAAAAGACAGCAUAUCAUGCGUGCAAAAGAGCAUCUACAGAAAAGCUAAGGAAUUCUUUGAUAAGGAAAGUUUGGAGAUAUUACCUGGUGUCAAUUUGGUCAAGAGUCAGGAUACUAAUACGAUAGGAAGGAAUGCUAAAACGAACAAAGAUAUUAUUUAUGAUCAAGAGAUAGAUGGUGCUAAUGAUGUUGCUGAAAGGCAAAAUCUACUGGAGAAUUUUGUCGGUGAAGAGGCUAGUAAUUUUUUUACCGGACGUAGUUUAAAGAUUAAUUUUGAGCCAGUAGUUGAAAAAAUUGGUGAAUCGGCACGUGCCUUGACCGAUUCGAUGCCACAAGAGAUUCGUCAGGCUGCCGACGAGAUUGUCGAAGGACGUGUAAGAAAGUUGAAACUUUUGAGAACAAUAUUACCUUUAUUGAUAGCUGCCAAAGUUAAAAUCGGUUUAUUGGCUACCGGGGCAUAUUUGUUUAUAGCAUUGAUCGCUAAAAAAGCCAUAAUCGCGUCAUUCAUCUCAUUAUCAAUAAUGGCAUUCAUCAUUUUGAAACAAUUUUGGUCAUCGCGAUCUGUCGGUAGUUUUACACCAUACAACAGUGGUUGGAGUAGUGGAAUCAGCAGCAUAGGUGGUGGUGGUGGUUGGGUACCACCUGUUUCUUCAGGUGGAUGGGCAACUUCCGGUACAGGUGGUUGGGACGAUGGACAUUAUGCUCAGAAUCAAGCAUAUUCAAGUUAUCAUCAUCGACGAUAG